UCAUUCCGUUGCAUUGCGUUGCACAUAGUCACGACUCGCGCACCGUUCUUAACGUUCGAUUCGUCCAGUGGAGUAAAAUAGAGAAACGAAAUCAGUAUCGUUACUGAAACGUUUUGUUUUUUUUUUUCUCUAGAUAUAAACGCGCGCGUAUAUAAACAUAAUAUACGGCCUUAUCCGAAAUCGAAUUUAUAAAUUCCCGCCAGUUGCCGACUGAUGUGCAUACCGGUAACAAUCUUUUAGUGUGAGUUGAUGAUAAUAAUUUAAAUAAUUUUAUCGGUYCAAUACGCAUAACGACUCGUAAUAAUUAUUAAUGAUUCAARUCGUAUUGGAAUAACAAUACGCAUACGGAAAGUGAAAUAAAAAAGUAUUAACAAACGGAAUAAAAGAAAAAUCGUGUUACGAUUGUUGGACGGAAAUCUGUCGAACUUGUUAGAAAAUCGUUCGCUUCGAAGAAUAAAACUCUUUGUCGAUUCCAUAUUUAUUUUUUGUUAUUAUUUUUUUCUUUUUCCUGACACUUGGACAAUAUAAAAAUUAUGGCUUUCAUGAUGCCUGUUGUGAAAAACGAUUACAAUAUUUACAAAUCGAACCGGAACAGACGCGUUUCCGAGUGCUCYAACGACAAGACGUCCGGCUCGUCAGCUUCGUCAUGCGGUGGCACCAGGCGGUUGCACAGCGGUUCCCGGUCGGCCGACGGUCCGUCGCUGUCCACGUCGCCCGGCAGCGAYUUUAUGGUCGGCUCGCCGGCGCACCGGUCGCUCGGUGGCGUGUCCAGGCAGACAGCUUUUCACCACGGCAGUCAGCAGCACCACCACGGGGUGGCGUCCAGAAACUCGUCCCGGAACUCGCAGUCCAGCCUGCAGAGCCCCGCCAAGUCUUCGUCGUCGUCCUCGUCGCCGCCCAAGGUGUCGUCCACGUCGUCGCUGAACAUGUUCCACUCGAAGCUCGUUGACAAGCUCAGACGGUCGCUAACGUCCAAGUCCAAAGACAAUAGCACAUCAACCGUAUCCAGCAAGGAUAUUGCGAGGAGAAGAUCCUGAGAUAUGGCCAAAGGUGACGACCAUCAACGGUCAGUACCAAAUCUGACUAGAUCAGCAAAAAGCCGGCCAGUAUCCAAUAUGGUCACGUCCUGUCCACUGGGCACCAAUAUUGCACUAUGACGAAAUAAACCGUAAAAAGUCAAGAAAACCUGCAUCAAAUUAUAGUGUGCUCUUGUGUGCAAGGGUAAGUGCCGGCACUUUGUUUAGAAUAAUAAAUUAUUUAUUACAUGAGUCGCAUCUCUAUUAAAAUGCUGACUUUUUUUUUCAAAUGGAUGCGUYGUGUGUUUGGUUAAUAAUAGAAAGUAUUCUAAAAAAUGUAUAAAUAAUAGCCUAUUUUAAGUUGAUACCUAGCCUAUAUUAUAUAAAAAAAAUAUUAGUUACAUUUUAUAUUAUGUAAAUAUUAAUAUUGACAGCUUAUGGCUUAUCUCAGCAUUAUGGUUUAUUUUUAAUAUUAUUUUUUUAGUUCUUUAUGAAUACUAUACUAUUUGAAAAAUAAAGAAGAUGCCCGAAUAAUUAUAACUUAAGCCUAUCAAUCAAUAGGGGACAAGGUCUAAUAACCUUAAUGUUUAAUGUAUUAUACUAUUGUUGAAAAUGUCUUGAUGCAUUAACAGUGAUCAAAAAAUGAGGGUUUUUUAAAUUUAUGAUACUCUGAUAKUGUCAAAUAUAAAAUCAAUAUUAUUUAAAUCCAACAGGAUUCUAGGCAAGAUUUAAAAUAAAUUACUUGUGUUAGGCUCUUAUUGUUCUUUCUUACCAACCCGCCUACUUUAGUGUAUAAAUUAAUGUAUAUAAUAUUAUAUCAAUAUCUAUGUAAUUUGGGGGUAAAAUUUCAUUCAAAAGCUUUUUUUUAUAAAAUAUCAAAAAUUAAAUAUUUUUAAGAUGUAUUGAAAAGUAUUUAUAUAGAAUAUUUUGGCUGCAAUAAUUUAUAACUCGCACUCCAUAAGUCUGAUUGACCAAAUAAAAUUCAAAAUACCAUAUCACAAAAUGUAUUCUUUUGCAAAUAAUUUUAAUGUAGUUUUGUUUGUAAGGGGCAAAAUAUGUCCUUCCUGGAUACUCAAUGAUAGACUGUACUUAAAUUUGUUAGAUGUUCAUUAGGCUGUUACGUUGUAUCAUAAAGAAAAAAUUAUAUUAAUGGGUUGGUAAGUUAAGUCUGAUACUCUGUUUUGUUUAUAAUAGGUAAAAAUUAAUCAACCAUGUAUAAUCUGUGAUACGUUUGUUACUAUUUUUUUAAGAUAUUCAGCUUUUAUCUUUAUUUAUCUAGGUAAAUAGGGUUUACUAAAACAUGAAAAUAAAAACUGUUAUUGUUUUGGAGUUGGCUUAAAAAAAUACUAUUAUUACAUUGGGCGCCUCAUCACUAAUUCUGAAUUAUUCACUUUAAAUUUUAAAAAAAAAGUGAAAAAACCGUUAUAAUAAUUUUAAUUAACUUACAACUCUCGUGUAAUGCAAUUAUUCAUCUAAAACCAAUUAUUUCUUGAAUCAUGUUAAUUUUAACAAUGGUAUUAAUUUAAUAAAGUUUAAAUUCAUUCUCUUGUAAUUAGAAACUAUGUUACCAUUCAUUUUUUUAUUUGAAAAUGUGUGGAUAUCAUAAAUUUGAUUUAAAUUGUUCAUAGCAAACUACAUCAUUAACUCAUACCUAAAUUUUAUUAAUUUAUUUUUGGUGGCGCCCAAACAACCAUAACAACUUUACUUGUCUAGAAACCAUAAGUUACAAUUUACAAUACUGAAUGUGAUAAUAACUUGUCCUUUGAAAUACAAUAGUCAAAAAUAUUUGUUACGUUUAACUAUAUAUUUUGAUGAAAGAAGAAACUAGUCUUUUUAUUUUAUUAAGUUAUUUUCCUGCCAUGUCAAUGUCUGAUACCAAAAUAAAUUUUAUCACCGGUUUUUUUUUCAAUAAAACAAAUCAUUGAAUUAGACUGAUUGAUAGACUAAUUAUUGUACACAGUAUUAAUAUACCUAAUUGUUUUGGAACUUCAAAAAACUUGUACUUAAAAAUGUCUUGCAAAAUUAUGCUGUAUUACAAAAAAAUGUUAAAUUAUCUUUAUGAUUUACCUUGUUUAUUUAUUUAUAUUUUUCUGUCUGUACGCAA